UGCCUCCUCGUCUCCCUCGACGAGACAAACAAAAGUAAGGAGCGGAAAGGGCCAGCGAGUUAGCUACUAGACAACGUCCUAAGAGUUUAUUCGUGUUUAGUAAAUUUUUGUAGCAUUAGUGCGAACAUGUCUGAUAAGAUGGAUAUGUCUUUAGACGACAUUAUUAAGCAGAGUAAAAAGGGUGGUGGAGGAAGCGGCGGCGGCCGCGGAAACAGAGGAGGCCGCGGCCGAGGAGGAUCAUCUGGGCGAUCUGGAUUCGCCGGUCGGUCUGGCGGAGGCCCUGAGCGGAGUCGACAGAAUUUCAGCCGGGAAAGAAGUAGCAGACCUACGCCGUACAGCAGGCCAAGAGAGUUGCCGGACAAAUGGCAACACGACAUGUUUGAUGGCGGCGUCGGUGCCCGCGGAGGCGGAGCAGUUGGAGGCGGCGGUACCGGUGGUGUGGAGACCGGCGGCAAGCUCCUGGUCUCAAACCUCGACUUUGGGGUCUCGGAUGCCGACAUUAAGGAGUUGUUUGCGGAGUUUGGCACACUGAAGAAAGCAGCUGUGCACUAUGACCGUUCUGGUCGCAGUCAAGGAACUGCUGAUGUCCACUUUGAGAGGAGGGCAGAUGCACUUAAAGCCAUGAAACAAUAUAACAACGUCCCUUUGGAUGGCCGGCCCAUGAGCAUUCAACAUGUCACAUCACAAAUCGACACACAAAGACGGCCAUCUACACAGAGUCCUAGAGGAGGAGGUGGCGGCGGUGGAUUCAACAGAGAUCGAAUUGGACGUCCCAACUCUGAGAGGAGACAGGGAGGAGGGGGGGGCGGGCGGGGUGGCGGAGGGGCCAGAGGCCGGGGGAGAGGUGGGAGAGGAGGCGGCGGCAAACCAGCGCUCUCUGCUGAGGAGCUGGACGCUCAGUUGGAUGCUUACAAUGCAAAGAUGGAAACCAGUUAAACCUUUUCCAAGAUGCACACUCGUCAAGAUCUAGCCCCUGCCCUUCCUAUCUGCCAUCAUUGGAUUUGAAACUAGUUGUUGUUUGUCUAAAAUGUUUUACACUUACUGUUCUUUGAAGCCAUUUUAAUGUACAGACCUUGUUUCCCCCCUGUUUUAAUAUUAUGAACACUUUUUGUACCAUUUUUAUUUUGGGUAAAAUUGUAGGUUAUUGAAGGGAGGUUUUUUUGUUGUUGGUUCUUCCCUCCCCUGAUUCUCCAUGUACUGUUUAAUUGCAAUAAACCUACAACCAAACUAUGUUCUCUGCAAUUCUUAGUUCAGACAAAUCAUUGCUAUUGUCCAGAAUGUAAAUAUUUAGAAGAGCCCUUUUUAACAGGAGAGCAGUGUCAUUAGGAUGUUAGUGUAGUCCAGGGUUUGUCACAGUCAAUGCUGAAAUGUUGAAAUGAUGAUGAAAAGUCAAAUAGAAGGCAGUAGGCUUGCUAUAGAUUACUCCUCAGUUACCAUGGAGAAGGGUGGAAUCCAUAGUGAGCCCAACGUUACAAAGGAUUGCAUCGAAAAAGGUGGCUUUUAUGACGUGUAAUGCAUCCUCUUUGUAGUGUGUACCAUAGUGACAUCUGCUGGUCAGGUCAUGGUAAACAGCUAUGUGUUUGGAACUGUAGAGAAGUGCUUGUGCGAACAAGGCCCCGUGUUGGAAGGGCUUCAUAAUUGAACUGGACAAUUGGUGGCGAAUUAAAACAUUUUUCUCAA